AUGACCCAGACUGUCCACCGCUUCUUUGUGCGGAUCCGACUCCAGAGGCAGCACCCGCGGUGCCCCCGGAGCGCCAGGCGGUUUGGAAGGGUGUCUGGACCAGAUUUUGCGGGAUCCGGGGCUGAUCGGAGGGUCUUCAGCUUUCAGUCCCCCGACGCCCACGGAUGUCUCCCAGGCCUGCGGGAGAGAUUGGUCACCUCCCUGGCCUAUCUCCCGCUGCUACUCAGCGGGUCCAUGGCCCCUGGGGUGCGCGCUGAGUGCGAGCGCCGUCUGCAGUCCUGCGGAAGAAGCCUGGCCAUCUGCACCUUUAAAAGGACAACGAGAUCCAAACAGGCCCGGGACCGUGGCUUCCACCUGCUCCGGCUCGCCUGGUUCCGCUCAUCUGCGUCCCGGCUCCGGGCUUUGUGCUCAGCUUGCCGGAGUCGGGAACCCAGAGGGCUGGUCCCGAGGGUGGCAAAGCAAAUAUGGCCUGACAAGGCUCCGUUCCGGGGUCGAAUUGAAAAGGAGAGGGGGCGUUCGCGCCAGCCCCUAGAGCCCCCAUUGGUUGUCAUCAAUUCUUUCGGCGCGUCCUGGCUCUAUACCCUGCGGACCCGGGAUAUUGUCCCUACCGCGCCCAACGAAGCCACUCUGUCGGCGCGCCGCGCCGGGUGCGGCGAGUCAAGCGGAGAGGUGGCAGGGUUCAGCGACGAAAGAUGCCUUAAGAGUUCAGUCGCCCUGCGUUACGCGCGGGAGCGGGGCUUCGCGCCGUCAGUACGGACGCUGGUGCGAGGGGGCGGGGCCAGGCCCGCGCGCUCCAACAUGGCGGCGGCCAGUGCGGCAGGCCCGGCGGCGAACGUUUUCCCGUUCCGCGACGCUCGCUCCGCGCCGGAUCCGGUGCUGGAGGCCGGCCCGGUGGCAUACGGGCCGCUGCCGGUGCCGCUGGUGCUGGAUAAUGGGUCGUUCCAGGCUCGUGCCGGCUGGGCGUGUCCCGGCCCGGAUCCUGGCCCUGAGCCGCGCCUGCAGUUCCGUGCGGUGUGUGCCCGCGGUCGUGGUGCGGCGCGGGGCGGGCCGGGCCCUCAGGUGGGCAACGCGCUGGGCAGCUUGGAGCCGCUGCGCUGGAUGCUGCGCUCGCCCUUCGACCGCAACGUGCCGGUUAAUCUGGAGCUCCAGGAGCUGCUGUUUGACUAUAGCUUCCAGCAUCUGGGUGUUUCCUCACAGGGCUGUGUUGAUCAUCCCAUAGUUUUGACAGAAGCUGUGUGCAACCCACUGUAUUCACGGCAAAUGAUGUCCGAGCUUCUUUUUGAGUGCUAUGGGAUUCCAAAGGUUGCCUACGGAAUAGACAGUCUCUUCAGCUUCUACCACAAUCAGCCAAAGAACUUGAUUUCCAGUGGGCUCAUCAUUUCAUCUGGAUAUCAGUGUACACAUAUUUUACCCAUCUUAGAAGGGAGGUUAGAUGCUAAAAACUGCAAACGCAUCAAUCUUGGGGGAAGCCAAGCAGCUGGUUACCUCCAGCGCCUCCUUCAGCUGAAGUAUCCUGGACACCUAGCAGCUAUCACUCUCAGCCGCAUGGAGGAGAUCCUGCAUGAGCACAGCUACAUCGCUGAGGAUUAUGUAGAAGAAUUGCAGAAAUGGCGGUGCCCUGAUUAUUAUGAGAACAAUGUCCACAAGAUGCAGCUCCCAUUUUCCAGCAAGCUUCUCGGCAGCACUCUGACCUCUGAGGAGAAGCAGGAAAGGCGGCAGCAGCAGCUGCGGCGACUGCAGGAGCUCAAUGCCCGUCGACGGGAGGAGAAGCUACAGCUCGACCAGGAGCGGCUGGACAGACUGCUCUACGUGCAAGAACUUCUAGAGGAUGGCCAGAUGGAUCAGUUUCACAAAGCCCUGAUAGAGCUGAAUAUGGACUCCCCAGAAGAGCUGCAGUCCUACAUACAAAAGCUCAGCUCAGCAGUGGAGCAAGCUAAACAGAAAAUCCUUCAAGCAGAAGUCACCCUUGAGGUGGAUGUGGUAGACAGCAAGCCAGAGACCGCUGACCUGGAGCAGCUGGAGCCAUCCCUGGAAGACGUGGAAAGCAUGCAUGAUUUUGAGCCCUUGUUUUCAGAGGAGACACCUGAAGUGGAGAAGCCAGUUACCACUGUCCAGCCCGUGUUUAACUUGGCAGCAUAUCAUCAGCUGUAUGUUGGAACGGAAAGAAUUCGAGCUCCAGAAAUUAUUUUCCAGCCAUCUCUCAUAGGAGAAGAGCAGGCUGGGAUAGCAGAGACUCUCCAGUACAUUCUGGACAGGUAUCCAAAGGAUGUCCAGGAGACACUGGUUCAGAAUGUUUUUCUCACUGGCGGGAACACAAUGUAUCCUGGGAUGAAAGCCAGGAUUGAGAAGGAGCUGUUGGGGAUGAGGCCCUUCCGGUCUUCUUUUCAGGUCCAGCUUGCUUCUAACCCUGUGCUGGACGCCUGGUAUGGUGCUCGUGACUGGGCCUUGGACCACCUAGACAGCGAUGAAGUCUGGGUCACCAGGAAAGAAUAUGAAGAAAAGGGAGGAGAGUACCUCAAGGAGCACUGUGCUUCCAACAUCUACGUCCCCAUCCACCUGCCAAAACAGGCUUCGCGUUCCUCGGACGCCCAGGCAUCUGGCAAGGGCACAGGGGCCAGUGGAAGUGGUGCUGGUGAGCAUGCUUAGCAGAAGGCCUCUCCAGAGAGACUGCCCUGCACUCGAUGUCCUUGGGUCAUGCUGGCCAGUGUGACACAGAAGUGACUGUGCUAGAGGAUUCCAGCGAGUCUGGUGGUAACAGUUGACUGUGAAAUGGAUUUCUCCUGGGGAGAAUGGAGUUAAAGGCACACUGGGAGCUACCCAUUAGAAUUGUGUUCAUUUAGGGACUUGUGCGACGAAGAAACUUUAGGUGACCUCAUGGUGUCUUUGUGGAACCGUGGAUAAGCUGUGGCAUCCGCUUUCCAGCAGCUUCCUGCAGCAGUAAACGAGGACAAGGAGGAAGACAGAGAUGUACAGAAUGUACAAGACUUAUUUCUUGCUGCAUUUUGAAGCCUUUUUUUAUUAAGAUUUAUAUUGUGAGUGUAGAUACUUUAUUCUGCUAAAUUUGUUCAGAAAUUGUGUGAAUGCCCAGCAGGGGGAGGUCUUUCAUCUAUAUAAAAAGGUAAUGUUUAUGUAAUAAAAACAAUCACCCAUGGAAUCUCAGGAGCUGGAAAUAGUUCCCUCCUCUCUUUGUUUUCCUUACAAAUAAAGAUAAGAGGCCCCAGGAAGAUAACCAACAUAUCCAAAGUCCCUCUGAUGUUAAGCGCUGCUUGUUGCCUACGUCUGAAUGGGUAGAAAUGGGACUAGCAGCCCAGCUUAUGCUCAGCUCAGGUGUGUAUGCUGGAAACUUACCAUUGUACGAGGCUGUCUUAGUUAUCUAGUGCAGCUAUAACAAAUACCGCAAGUGGAUGGCUUUAAUAAAAAGUUUAUUUUCUC